AUGGACAAACAUGGUAUUCUUGGCUGUUUCUUGGCAAAUAACAGAGAAAAGGAUUUGGUUCGAUGGAUAACGGUUCCAGAUCAGAUGUCGCGUUAUGGGUUUAGGGAGAACAAUGCAUGGUUCUUCCUUACCCGUCAACCUAAUGCAGAUGUUAAGUACCUUGGUGGGAAAAGGGAGGAUAACCAUGGCACGUGGAUUGGCCAGCUUAUAAUCGGGUAUAAGCGGGCGAUAAAGCUGAGUAUUAACAAGCAUCAAUCGGGAUGUAGUAUGGUAGAGUAUACAGAGACGGAGGAUAACCGAAAAUGGGUGGUAUGCCAUUUGUCACUCAACGUGAAUGAGAAAGAGACUGUUAGGCAGAGACGGGGACACGUAGGCAGAGGAGCGGUUGAUGGAGGGGCGAGCGAUGAAGAGACGAGUGAUGAAGAGGUAAUUUCACCACUUUCGGAUAGUUAUGCCACUCUAGGACGAAAGGAAGUCACAAAAUAA